AUGACCUCGCAAACUUUUUAGGUGUGUUGCUUUUGGCCAGGUACGAUGUCAACAAAGUGAAUGGGGACACGACAGGUAGGAGAACCGUGCUAUAUCUACCGACGUCUUUCAAAUGAUUCAUGCUUGGGGCACAUACCAAGAUGUGCUUUUGACGAGAUACUGUGACUCCUGUGUGUCACGCUCGGUUAUUUCCGUAGACAACCGGAUCUGUUCAAUAUUUACGGGAAUGCGCCCAGAAGCGUAAUUGUACAAAUUCAUUCACGAAAAAACAACUUGGGCAAAGAGCAAAAAUACUAGACUACAUGAACAGCCACAGUGCUCAAAUUAUAGGUAUACUCAAUACUGGAACUAGAUCGGUUCUAUAUCUACACUGACUACACCUUCAAUAAUUUCAACUAGCCUACGUCCAACAGAUCUACAACACUAGAUCUAGAUCUACAAAUUAGUUUCGGCCAUGCAAUACGGAAGCAUUAAAUUACUACCAAUGUGGAUUAUUCAAAUUGUUAAAUAACUAGAUCAUGGUCAGAGCAUUGAGCCAGACAAAAGUCAAAGAUCUUGAUCUAGAUUCAAAUAUUCUUCUCUUCCUCGGAACCAGGGAUUAACUAAACUUGGUAGGUAUUCGUAACACACAGACUCCACAAGAAUGUUGUGCAAAUGUCUACUUAUCUGCCUGUUUAUUAUAACUAAGAGUGCAGAGCCCCCAGACUGUGGCAUGUAUCGCACUGCAUUUCCUGACUGCAAAUGUCUGGCAGCUGAUGACAACAACAGCAAAGGUGUCAUUGAUUGUUCGGGUCUCGGUCUAACUUCUGUGCUCACACCCCGGAGCCCAAUAAAUUUUAUCUACGAGUUACGUCUUAACAACAACAGCAUCAUGAUUUUAAAAAAUAAUUCCUUCAAUGGAUUUAGUAGCGGUAUCAGGAAACUGGACUUGAGAGACAAUAAAAUAGCCACUGUUGAAAAUGGAUGUUUUGACAGCUUAACUAAUAGCUUACAAUAUCUUUUUAUUGAUGGCAAUGGUACAUCUGAUCCACCCAAAGUUGCUUUGUCUAAAUUGUAUAGUCUAACUGAACUGACGAUGAGAAAUUAUGGGGAAGCUGAGCUAAGCGAUGUAUCAGAGAAACAUUUGUUUACGACUUUUUUCAACCUUCAAAAGUUGUCAUUGGAAAACUGGAAACUAACAUCAAUAGCUUCUCAUGCAUUUUCUGGGCCUACAAACUUGAUUAGUUUAACAUUGAAUAAUAAUUCUUUAGUUAUACUUCCUAUUAAUUUUUUGGGAGAUGGAAAUGUGGGUAAUCUAAAACAACUAACUAUUUCAAACUCUAAUAUACAGGAGAUAAGUAGCUAUGCUUUUCAAAAGCUUAACAGACUUGAAAACUUGGAUCUAAGUCAUAAUCAUGUCAACAAGUUGGAUCAAGACUGUUUUGAUAAUCUGGCCAACAGUUUAUAUACAUUAAACCUAAGUGGAAAUAUUCUUUACAGUGAAAACUUACAGGGAUUGAGGAAUUUACCUAACCUAACUCUAUUGGAUCUGUCAGCUAAUGAAGGUAUCUCUUCAAUUCCAGAUUUAUCUCUACUUGGUUUAGCAGAAAAUAAUUUAAGAUUAUAUUUAGGAAACAAUGACAUAAAAAUUCUGAACACCAAUUCAUUAGCCAGUUCAGGUAGUCACCUACAUACACUUGACCUGUCCAGCAAUGCAAUUACUUCUAUAGACAGCAAUACAUUUAAUAGUCUGACAUCACUAGUAUCACUCAAUCUGUCAAAUCAAAAAUUACCCACUAAUAUCUGGACAGUUAUCAAGCCUCUUAUCAAAUUACAGGUUCUCAACUUAUCAAGCGCUGGGCUCAACAACAUACCAGAGUUUGUGUUUGAAAACAUGACAAAUCUUCGUGUGCUUGACCUGAGCUCCUCUAGUACUUCAUUUCAUAAUUCAUUCACUUCUGUCAUACAACCAGCAGUAUUUGCAGGGCCACGUGCUAGUUUCAAAGAAUUUUAUCUGAGUGGCAGCAGUGUGUCCAGACUUUCACCUUGUUUGUUUCAUGGCUACACCAGCUUCCCCAUCACAAUGUCGCUUUUUGGUGGAUCCUACCUUACAUGUGACUGUGACACUUACUGGUUGUGGAUGAAGAUAAAAAAUGGGGACAUCACUUUUCUGCCAGGACAUAAGCCAAGAUGUUCAUCAAACUGGAAACUACUGUCAGAUCUACAACAGUCAGAUUUCUGUACAGAGCUUCCAUCUGUGUCGUGUACAGACUAUUAUGAACAUCCAUCACCAAACGCCACACUGGCAGCAGGCACAACAAAUAUCAGCAUCUCCUGGAAAAUAGCUGCAACAACCAGCAAUAUAAAACUUCAGUCAAUCAAAGUGGAGAUUGAUGAGAAUGGUGUCUUUGUUAAAAGUCUCAACCUCCCCACAUCCAGCACAACGUAUGUGUUAACAAACCUUAAAAACAAUACCCAGUACACUGUGUGUGUCACAGCUAUAUAUAUUACAGAUUCUUCUGUAUCAUGCAAGUCUACUAAAACUCUUGGAAACAUUCAGUCAAGUGCCCAGAGCGGAGAUUCAAAUAAUACUGGCAUCAUUGUAGGUUGUGUCAUUGGAGGUGUGGUUUUAGUAGCCAUCAUUGUAGCCAUUGUGUAUAUUCUGUUCAUACGCAGGAAGCCUCAGCAGAAAUCUGAUCUUCCCCAGCAGCCUAGGAAGUUUCACAAGUCUGAAAUGCCCACCAUGACUGGGGAGUCGAGAAGCUUUGCCAAACAGAAGAACAUCAACGGGUCACACUCUAGAGAUGGCAACAUGCAAGUUUUGGCCAUCAGCGAUGGUCACACUGGCCCUCCUCGAGUGGGUAGAGCACAGGUGCUUACUAGCCAGAACAGUGAUGGCAAGCCAAAAAGCACAAGCUCUAUCUCCUCAUCUGAACAAGCUACAUAUGAAAAUGAUAGAGGGGCUCUGCCUUCUGUGCCAAACACAAAAACACAACUCAAUCAACAGGGCUAUAUUAACAUGGGAUACAAAAGAGACUCUUAUGAUGAAAUAGAUCCAAAAAGGGAAGUGUCAAUCUAAAUACCAAGCAAAUGCUCAAUAGGAUGGCUGUGACCAUUGUAAACAUAAAAUUAGGUUCUUGGAAUGGCCUAAAGCAGCAAAGAGAAAAAGAACUGAAAGUUGAUGUAGAACAAAUGUCAACAAAAAUAUCUAAAUAUCAAAUAUAACUUUGUGAACAUAAAACAAAACAAGGAAGGAGCUGCUAUGUUAUACCAGGGUUUAUGGGGAAAAAAGUUUUUAAUAAACAAUGUUUUAAAAACUGUGCCUUUCAUGGACAUAUUCAACUGCUGGUUGGACUGUAAAUAUUUUUUUUUCUAAAUGGAUAAAAAAUUAAUUAAUCAGAAAAAGAAUUUUAAAGAAACCUUUUUUUUUAAAUAAACAUUAGAAAGACACUGUAUAUAAGGAGGGACUGGAACCCUAAAGACUUUCAUUGUAAAUAUGGGUGAUGUCUAUGAAGUCUAUUUCUCAUAGACCAUUUUAAAAAUGUAUAUUAGAUCAAAUUAUGUAAUAAAUAUAUUCCAGCAUUUUAUGUAACUUUUAUUGUAAAGAAUCUCUGCAUCAUUAAUUUCCUACCAUGCUAUUUAUUUCAUGCUUUGUUAUGUUUUAUUGUAAAAAAAAAAAAAAAAAAAAAAAAAAAGCUGACAAAAUCAUAUCUUAUAUUUUAAUGACCUCUUUCCAGUGACUUGGCAAAAACAUGUUAAAUAUUUUUUGUUGUGUAUUCUGUUAUUGUUGCAAAUCAACAUUACUACAAAAACUAUAGCACUGCAACAAAAAAAAAAUUUGAGUGGAAUGGAUUACUAGUUAGAAUCUGAUUUUGUCACUUUAAAAAUGGGGAAUGUUGUUUUUUUU